AUGGAAGAUGAAAAUGAGACUGCAGUGACUGAAUUUGUCCUCAUCGGCUAUUCUGGUCGACCAAAGACAAGGAUGGGAUUAAUAGCAUUCCUGACAGCUGUCUACUCCAUAACCAUUGCGGGAAAUGUUCUUAUUAUUUUGGGCACCAUUGCUGAUCCUCGACUCCACAACCCCAUGUACUUUUUCCUUGGUAAUCUGUCCUUCCUUGACAUUGGAUAUUCAACAUCUUCCAUCCCACAGGCCAUUGCAAAUCUUCUGGUGGACAAACCCACCAUGUCCUUUACGAUGUGUUAUUUGCAAAUGAACAGUGGUGUCUGGUUAGGAACAACUGAAUGCUUCCUGUUGGCUGUCAUGGCUUAUGACAGGCUUAUAGCCAUUUCCAGCCCACUACAUUACAUGCUGAUUAUGAACAAGAGAUUGUGCAUUCAGUUAGCAGCUGGGACGUGGUCAAGUGCCUUUUUUUUAGGAGUUAUUCCCAAUUAUGCCCUGCCAGCUCACUUUUGUGGGAGAAAUGUGAUCAAUCAUUUCACAUGUGAACUUAUAGCUGUUAUGAAGCUUGCUUGCUCAGAUACCUCCAUGAGGCAACUGCUUAUGUUCUUCAUUGGAUCCCUCACAUUGCUUGCUCCCUUUGCCUUUAUCCUUUUCUCAUAUUUAUGCAUUAUUGUGGCAGUUCUGAGAAUCCAUUCAUCAGGUGGGAGACUAAAGGCUUUUUCCACAUGUGCAUCGCAUUUGACUGUGGUAACCAUUUUCUUUGGAACUGCUAUAUUUUCAUAUAUCCGGCCCCAAACUAAAACCACAAAUGAACUGGAUAAGGCAAUUUCUCUCUUCUAUGGAACUGUGACUCCUAUGUUAAACCCACUCAUCUACACACUCAGAAAUCAAGAAGUAAAAGGAGCUUUAAAAAAGCUUAUGGUAAGCUAA